UUCGACUCCUCGCGGCCACGCAAACGCGGAGUGCGCUUUUCCUGCUCCUUCGAACGACGUCGCACAAACGCACAGGAUUGCGAGGAGUUUAACCACACGCAGCAAAAGUUACGAAAAAGUUAUUUGUGAUCACUUUAAACCUGUUUUCCCAGUGCUAUUGUUCACAACAUCAUCACGUGUGUAAAAUGUGCGGUUGAAACUAGUGCUAAACUAAAACCAUUAUGGAUUUCGACGCGAAUUUCACAAACUUUGAGGAAUCGAACGCCAGCGAUGCCGAAAUUGUCGAGUUUGCAAAACGGGACGCAUUGUACAUAGUUAUACCAAUAACAAUAAUCUACGUAAUUAUCUUUAUAACUGGUUUGGUUGGAAACAUCGCCACUUGUAUCGUGAUCGCGCGUAAUAAAUCAAUGCACACGGCGACAAACUAUUACCUCUUCAGUUUGGCCAUUUCUGAUCUCCUGCUGUUGAUAUCUGGAUUGCCACCGGAGAUUUAUUUGAUCUGGAGUCGUUAUCCGUAUGUCUUUGGAUACACCUUCUGUGUGCUUCGUGGACUCUUCGCUGAAACCUCCAUGAACGCCACAGUUUUAACAAUUACUGCAUUUACCAUCGAGCGUUAUGUUGCUAUUUGCCAUCCAUUUCUUUCGCAUACAAUGAGCAAACUUUCGCGCGUUGUUAAACUGAUUUUAUUCAUCUGGACGCUGGCGGUGUGUUUCGCCAUCCCACAAGCGACGCAAUUCACACUCAUGAAACUAUACACUGAUCCGGAUAACGAUGAAGUUCUAUGCUAUGUGGUGAAUCCGAUUCGCUUCACAUUUGAGAUUUCGACGUUUUUCUUUUUUGUCCUGCCGAUGACUCUCAUCGCUGUGCUAUAUGCAAUGAUUGCCGUGCAGUUGAAGUCUUCGAGUAUGAUGAAGCGAAGCAGUACGCCGCCCCUGGAUGCCAGCCAUUCAAACGGGGCGAAUGUGGGUGUUAAUGGCCAAGGGAGUAUGCGGGCCAAAUUGAAUUGCCGACAUCAGCAAUCGCAGUCGUCGCGGCGCGUUUUAAAAAUGCUCGUCGCAGUGGUGGUCGCAUUUUUCAUCUGUUGGGCACCGUUCCAUACGCAGCGAUUGCUCGCGACAUAUCUGCCCUCGGACACACAAAGCCGGAUAUUUGACGCAGUCACGUAUAUCAGCGGUGUGCUGUAUUUCGUGUCCACAACGAUCAAUCCCCUGCUGUACAACAUCAUGUCUAACAAGUUUCGCGAGGCAUUCAAGGAAACGUUCAACCGGUGCUGUCGGGCUGCGCGAUUUAAAUCAGACCCGCCACGUCCGCAAAGGUCUUACUCGGUUCUAUCCCGAUCAGCGCAGCGGGGCGGACACGAGUCGUCAGACUCCUACAAGGACGACCAUAGUUUACACACCAACUCAACUGUAACAACCCACCGUAAGGAAUCCUGCGAUUCAAUUGCCAUGCAACAGACUAAAGGUGGAAAACGAAACAUGGAAAUACUUGAAAGGCAUUCCUAUGUGAGCACUGGUCGUAACUGGCCAAAGGAUCGCGUUGAUGUAUGUUUGACAAUGAUACCAAAAACGGAUUUGGACAUAAUCACUCCCAGUACUCGCCUGGUGGCGGUCAAAUUAAGCCAUCCUCAACCCACAUCACCUAGUCGAAUUGAGCGCGUCUGGCGACUGCUGCAUUGUGCUGAGCGCAAUCCGGACGGAAGUUUUUCGAGUUUAAAUUCAACGCCAGCGAAGGACCAGGCUGGCAGAGCGAGUCUUUGUUCGCUGGCGUCCGACGAGUGCAAUAAGCACAGGUGCGAUAUCAGCAACAGCAGCUUACGGAACGUGGAGAUGGGCGAACUGGUCGACGAGCUCAGCGCAUACAUGGAGGAGAUUAAGACGCGCGAACUAUCUACAUAAUUUGCCAACUUUUCGUCUAGCGGUAUUCCGCAUCCCCGUUUAGCACUAGUAACUCCACAAUUAUGUGAUAAAUGUGAUAAAUGAUAAUUUAGCAGCAACAAGACACAUCUUUAUAAAUAUUAAUUAACUUCCACAUGAGGAUAUUACGAAAAUGUCCCCGUAUGUGUUGUGUGUUCCCUGAAAACACAUCGAAGUUUUGCUCAUAAGAAAACAUCUCGAUUAUAUAUUUAUAUAUUUAUAAAUAUCACUUGUUGUCGUUGAUUAAAUGAUUAAAUGUGUUACAAAAUGGGAAAAAAAUCAAAAAUCAUUAAUGUGAUGUUAAAAGUUAAUUACAGACGCAAAUGAUGCUAGUCAUAAUAUAUAAUCGGCUUGUUUGUAACCGACCGUCAAACAAUUAAUUUAAUUAUGCGAUUUUAUAAGUGUCCAAUUACGUCGCAUGUUAAUUCGGCGAAUCCAACAGCGAACCAUCUUUAAUUGGAACCGGAGAACUGAAUUGUAUCUAUAAAUGUAACUGUUAUAAUAUGUAUAAAUUAUUGAUAAUUGUAAUUACAUUCCUAUAAGCAAAUAAAUUACUGAUAUACGUUUAAA